AGUGUGAUGAGUGCUGAGCAAAAAGCCCUCGAGGCUGUUAGAAGGAGAGCCGGAGAGCCCCCGAGUGACCCGCUCAGUUAGCAGCAGACAGAAAGAGAGGGAACAGGAAACAAGAGGACAGACAGUGAAAGACACUCACGUUGUCACACAGAGCAGAAGAUCCACUCAGCCGUCAGUCUUGGGAAAGCAGCAUGGUGGUUUGUGGUCAGGACCUUGUGAGAGGUGGAAAGUUUUUGGCGACUUUGCUGUUUUGGAGCUGAAAAAGGGACAAAAAGAACCAACAAUACAGGACUGAGUUUUUUUGACAAAGAGAAGGAAUCCUGCCAUGAGGACACCUCUCUGAGUGUGGAUAUGUCAUCAUUCGCUGUGUGGACUGAGCAGCUCGGACCUUUUUGAGUGAAAAGGAGGCAAGUUUGGGUGACUGAUUUAUCUGAGUGAGUAAAAAACACACAAAAAAAAACUGAGCUUGUAACUUGUGGGGUGCAGCCUGAUUGAGAGACAGGGCAGGGGGAGGGGAAGACGCUCCGGCCUGGAUCUCUGUCCUCUGGGAGGGGUCUUUUCAACGUGAAGGAACCCCCAAAAUAACUCCCAUCGAGACCAGGGGAGAGAAUGACCAUGUGCAGCAGUCCUCUCUAACAUGGACAGCUGUGUUUCAAUGCAUCCCAGGGUUGGACUGUUCUGUUCUCCGCUUUCCAUUCAUGGUCAGUUCAUUGUGGAGGGCAGCGCUUUCAUUAUAUAGCUAUUACAUAAUAGACACCCCUCAUCCCUCCACUCUUUGUCUCUCAUAAUGUACAACACGACCACCCUGAUGGACAAUUCUUCCACGCAAUGGUCUGCAAAUACCUCAGCGAACGGAACCUGCAGCAAGAACGAUGGGUUCAAGUACCCGCUGUACAGCACAGUCUUCAGCAUCGUGUUUGUGAUUGGACUUAUCACCAAUGUCGUGGCCAUUUACAUCUUCACCUGCUCCCUGAAGCUGAGGAACGAGACCACGACCUACAUGAUGAACCUGGUGGUGUCCGACCUGCUGUUCGUCUUCACGCUGCCACUGAGGGUCUUCUACUUCAUCAACCAGAACUGGCCUUUCGGGGCGAUGCUCUGCAAGGUCUCCGUCUCCCUCUUCUACACCAACAUGUACGGCAGCAUGCUCUUCCUCACCUGCAUCAGCGUGGACCGCUUUCUGGCCAUCGUGCACCCGUUUCGCUCGAGGAUGCUGAGAACCAAGCGCAACGCCAAAAUCGUGUGCACCGCCGUGUGGGUGCUGGUGCUGUCGGGGAGUCUCCCCACGGGGUUCUUGUUGCAGACCACCUCCAAUGACAACAAGGGAAACGCCACUUUCUGCUUCGAGAACUUUUCGUCCAAGCAGUGGAAAUCUCACCUGUCGAAAAUGGUGAUCUUCAUCGAGACGGUGGGCUUCAUCAUCCCUCUGCUGCUGAACGUCUGCUGCUCCAUCAUGGUGCUGCACACUCUGCGUCGCCCCCAGACGGUCAGUCGCGGAGGGAAGAUCAACAAAACAAAGAUCCUGCGCAUGAUCAUCGUGCACCUUUUUAUUUUUUGCUUUUGCUUCAUCCCCUACAACGUGAACUUGGUGUUCUACGCCCUGGUCCGCACUAAAACUUUAAAGGGCUGCUUUGUGGAGUCGGUGGUUCGAACCAUCUACCCCAUAGCCCUCUGCAUUGCUGUAUCCAACUGCUGCUUUGAUCCCAUUGUUUACUACUUCACCUCAGAGACCAUCCAGAACUCCAUCAAGAGGAAGUCUCAGGUCAACAGUGCGUAUGACGUCAAGUUCUCUGAGGCCAUGCAGUCAGAAUCCAGCUCCAACCUGCAGUGCAGCCUGAGGAAUCUCAAAGCUAAAGUCUUCCACAGCGAGUCCUCAGUGUGACAGUUGGGCCGCGGCAUAAAAGGUAAAGUCCAUCCAUCCAUAAAAAGACAAACCUCCACGAGACAAUGGAUUUCUUUUUUUUUUUUUUUUUCCUUUGGAGCGCUUUAUCUUAUCUAAGUCUUCUUCUCAGGGCAAAUGACUGGACGUGUCCUUGGCAGCCUCUGCUUCACAGUGUUACUACAUGACCCUUUGUUCACAUCUGUGGAUUUGUUAUUACUACUUACUAAUUUCCCUUUUCCUGUGGAAUAUACUGUAAUUGUGUUAAGCACAAUUACUCUGCCAGUGACCUGGAAGGGAAUGUGAUCACUGAACAGCGGGACAGUUAUGAUAUUGACUGCUUCAUGUGCCUGUAUAUGUGUACAUUUCUGUGGUAAGUUGUGGUGCUAACUUUAGAGUAUUAUCUAUUAAAUUAACAUAAAGUUAUAUCAAGCUAUAGCUGUACAGGGCUUUAAAUCGUGAAUUACAGAUAGGUCACAAAAGUGCCUUGUUGUUGUUUUGUUCUGGCAGCGUUUCAUUGUAGACUCUUUGUCUUUAUUGACCAUUAAAUGCACUGACAGAGUUCUUCAUACUGCACUCAUGCCAUAGUAAUGAAUAAAAGUCAUGUACUGUCUAAAACAA